CGCCUUAAUCCCUCCAAAAAGUCAAGCCCAACUGCGUAUAUAGAUCGACCGGCAGCUGAUAUUUAUCACUAAGUAGUCGUUCCAUAUCCAUCCAGAUCCACUUGCGAUAUAUAAUAUCAUUCUAACGUUCUCUCUCUCUCUAUAUAUAUACACUUCUUCCACAAAAGUAAAAUACAUACUUAUUGGCACAAUCCAUCGAUUCUGAUAAUCAAGCGCAAGGUGCGGUGAGAGCUCAGAAGUGUACGUAAUUCGUGUUGAAAUCCACAGCGGCGACGCGAGAUGGGUUCUCUGAUGGCAGGCUGGGACUCGCCGGUUCUGGGUGAUGACAGCCAAGUUCGCGCGCGGAGGAACCGGUCGCUGACUAUGGAGGAGGUGGAUGCGUUCUGGAAGCAGCGCCGGAAGCCUGAGGACGGCGGCGAGGCCGCCUCGCCCUUCGGCUCCCCCGGCACGGAGAGUCCGUUCGGCAGCCUGGAGAAGGCGAGGUCUCUGCCGUCUCCCCUGGCCCGCGGCAUCAAGGCCAAGGCCGGCCCGUCGUCACCGGCGGCCCUCCUCGUGGAGGGCUUCCCCGGCGACGACGGCGGCGGCGCCGGGGAGAGCCCCAGCAAGAGCCGCGACUGGUGGACGAGGAGCAACUGGGCGUUCCUGAACGAGCCGCCGCAGGAGGAGGCGUCCGGCAGGGACCAGAACUACACGCCGCAGUUCCACGUCGCCCGGAUCGCCACCGGCAACAACACAUCCGUGCAGGUCGAGUAGCCACGCGCGCGAUACCAGCGUGUCUCUGGUGUCAUCCUUGGACGGCAUGUGCAAACCAAGUCAAUUAAUCUCGUGGAUCAUUUGGCCUGGAUCAUGUAUGAUAGCGAACGGAGUUUGGACUUUGGUGCAUGCAUCAUCUCUGUGGUCACUACUGUUAAGGUUCAUUCUUGGUGCAGUACGUAUGACUAGUUGGUAGUGGCUACUGUUUGGAGCAACCGGCGACGGACACCAUUGUAAAUAUAUCUAUAUUAAAAAAUAUCACUAUGUGUGAGGAUGAUAUAUAGAUCAUAUGGUUACAUGUUAUAGAGAUAUUAAUAGUAUUUUUUAACUUAAGGGACUUUUACGAUGA